AUGCGACGCUACGUCAAAGCAGUUCUACGCCAAUGCGUCAUUUGCAAGAAAGUAGACGGUACGCCAUACUCCAAGCCAAUUCCAGCGCCACUUCCUACCUUCAGAGUACAACGAUCUGAACCCUUUUCUUCUAUUGGAAUAGACUACACCGGACACUUAUUCGUCAAAGACCCAAUCAAUCAAGCUAUUGUUAAGGUCUACAUCUGUCUAUUCACAUGUACUAUCACGCGCGCCAUACACUUAGAACUCGUCAGAGAUCUUACGACUGAAUCGUUUCUAUUAGCCCUCCGACGUUUCACAUCACGUCGCUCGACACCUAAUCUCAUCAUAUCGGACAAUGCGUCAACGUUUGUAUCAGCGUCACACCAGCUCAAAGAAAUCAUUCAAAAUUCUACAGUACAACGCUAUUUAUCAGAUCAACGCAUAGCAUGGAAAUUUACUCCAAAGCGCAGUCCAUGGUGCGGAGGUUUCUUCGAACGAAUGAUUUCUAUUACCAAGACAAGCCUUAAGAAAGUUCUUGGGCGAUCCUGUGUGACCUAUGUCGAAUUGGAGACUAUUCUGACCGAAAUUGAAUCUUCAAUAAAUGAACGACCGCUGACAUUUGUUUCUUCAGAUAUCGCCGAUCUGAAUCCGCUCACACCUUCACAUUUGAUCAACGGGCGUAGUAUACACAGUUUACCACAAGCUACUGAAACGGUCACAAACCCCAAUAUCUUGAUGAAUCAUCACAUUGCAAAUCACCGAUAUCGUUACCUCACUAUGCUUCAAGAUGCCUUCUGGAGGCGUUGGUCGCAUGAAUAUAUCACCGCUCUUCGCGAACGGCACAUCAACCAACACAAGGGUGUCAAAACCAAUAGAAUCAAAGUUGGUGAUAUAGUUUUAGUACAUGAUGACAUCAAGAAGCGCCUUCACUGGAACCUAGCCUGUGUUACCAAGUUAUUACCAGGUUCGGACGGUAUUGUUCGCGCAGCAGAAAUCAAGACGAAAAGUGGAAUGACCAACCGAGACAUUUCACGUUUAUAUCCAUUAGAGAUAUCAACCGACAACACGCAAUCUGAUCAAGAAAUAUCAACGGACAUAUCUGCGACGUCAUUGAUCGAUUCACAACCAAUCAAUGAUGAAGUAGACAAUUCUAACACAACGCAAAUUCACAGACAAUCACGAAGAAAGGCAGCUCAACUAGCCAAACAAAGAAUCACCAUGCAGUACAAUGAUAAUUCUGUGUGA